UCCCAAAAUAUGACCAGAAGGUUAUUGACCUUUGCAUAUGUAGAUUUAUUAAACAUCAAGUCCGAUAUACAAACACCCCAUUACUUCGAUCACAUUAAACACAUAUGAUCUUCCUAUCAAUCUGCCGGAAGAAACGACACCAGAAGCUAAAAUGUAAACCCUCUGCAGUGCCUUCCGAGAAAAAAAAAUACUGCCCAUGAUGUAAAUUCACGUAACGUUGCGCAAACCUUUCACCCCCUCACAAGAAUAGACUAUGCCGGUCGGCGGGGUCACUCGCAUGUAACCCACAUUACGACGACCACGCAUCAUUUGACCGCAGCAUUCACGGAGAUCUGACGACAUCCAGCGGUUACUUUUUUAAACAAAAAUGUGCUAUCUUGUUGGAAAAUCAUUGCUUGACGCGGUACACUGAAUAUUCUUCGUUAACACUCUUUAUACGUGGUCAGGAGUCGCUGACUUGUAUACACCAUCCAGUUGUCGAGGAACUUUACUUCGCCAUGUGUAUGUCAGUUCGCUAUAAACUUUAUUAUUUCUUUGACAUUUAGAUGUUAUGAAUAUUAGUUUUCCUCUACGUGAUAAUCACUUAUGGUCAUUAUCGUCCAACAAAUGUCUUGACUGGGAGAUUCUGAAGGUGUAAAUGAAUCGAUAGAUCCGUCUACCUAUAACUUGGUCAUUUGUUUGUUCUGAUACACUGUGUCGGUCAGUGGCUUUUCGUGACCUCACAUAACCUUUGGUUUGUCGGUUCGCGACCCGAUGGAGUAAAGUGAAAGACAGAAGGAUAGAAGUCACGCAACGGAUAAGUAAAAAAGCAUUUAGCAGGUGCAGACCUAUGGUUUCCCAUGAAUCUGCGCAAACUGUCCGCCAUCUUUGUUUAUAGUCUUUGUCCAGAUAUAGAAAACCCGUGAGGAUCACCGCUUUAAUGAACCUACCAACAACAUGUCACGGCGAAAACAAGGCCGACCACAACAGAGAAAAACUUUGGAAACACUGGAACAAGAAAAUGAUCUUUUAGUCUGUGGAGUAUGUCAGACUAACUUCCCGCUACAAGACAUCAUCAAAUUCAUACGUCAUAAAGUCACCCGAUGUAACAAAGAGAAUGUGGAUGUUGAGACCUCUGAAUUCGAGGAUGGUGAAGAGCCGGAUCCAGAGUCACUGGCCAUCAGCUCCAAGCGGACCAGCAUCUCAGCCCCCAUAACGAGGAAAGAACAAAUUGAAAAUCGACUGUCCCCUAGGUCACCCUCUUCUGAGUCCAGCCCGACUCUGAAAGACGUUAAGUUGCGGAAUGAAAACUCCCAAUCUAAUCUCUCAGAUAGAGAUUGUUCCAUCCGAUCACCCUUUAGAACAUCUACUAAUGAAAAAAGCUGCAAUACAGAAAUCACUGAACCUACAAGUUUCCUAUGCGAAAAAUGUAGAGGUACGUUUGAUUCAGCUUGGGCCCUUCUCCGACAUGUACAGAGAGACCAUGGAAUAAAAAUAUAUUCAGAUUAUACAUCAUGUCCAACACCUCCAAAACAAGCCCGUCUUAAGAACUCUUCGACUGAAAGAUCAUCAAAUAGUAGAAAUUCCCCGCAUCCUCCUCGAAAUCCUAGUAGUCAGAGGGAUGGUAAAGAUCAUGAACCGAAAGAUCGCGAUAGUUCAGCACAUCAGCUGCCUCACGAAAUUCAUCGGGCACCUUCGACCCCAAGUUCAGGUAGCGUGGAAAGUGGACACGGUGCCCAUCGACAAUCGCCGCAGAAUCCCUUUUUGAAUUUUAGAUUUCCACCGUUUGAUCGUCCAUCUCUAUCUCCGGGGCCUCUUUUCCCAAGAAUACCAGGUACAGAUUUUCCUGCCAUCCCAGUUAGUGAGGCCCUUCAUUUACAUCAAAGAAACAUAUUAGGGUUUCCUCCCACUCUCUUCGAAGCAAGUAGGGGUUUCCCUUCUAGUUUAACUAAUCCUUAUGACAGACAGAAUAGGCCUAAUUCAUUAGGAAUGGAAGAUUCGUUUUACUCUGAGCGAUUAAAAGAAUUGGCAAGAGGUCCAACUUCUCCGGUACGCCGGCAAACACCUCCUUUUUCUCAGGCAAGAUCUGUUUGUAAUAUAUUCACACCACUUACAACCUCUACAAAUACACCGACAGAUACGAAAAAAGAACAUGGAAGCGGGAGCUUGACCCCACCAAACAAAAUGAAAUCAUGCGAGUUUUGUGGCAAAUCUUUCCGAUUUCAGAGCAAUUUGAUAGUACAUCGCCGUUCACACACUGGAGAAAAGCCUUUCAAAUGUCGCUUAUGUCCACACGCAUGUACCCAACAAAGCAAGCUCAAACGUCAUAUGAAAACUCAUAUGAAAUCGCCAAUGUCUAAUGUUUCAAACGAAGGCAGCAUGGGUUCUGGCAGCAGCACACCCGAAAACAAAAAAUAUGACGACAAAGAUGAUGAUGACGACGAAGAGGAGGAGGAAGAGGAGGAGGAAGAAGAAGAAAUGGAAGAGAUGGAGGAAGAUGAAACCCCCGAGAUUAAUGAAGGUUCAGGCGAUGAGAAAAAGAGCAGCGACAGCAAAGGCGGUUUGUUGGCCGCUAAGCUACUCCAAAAUUCUUAUCAAUCUUCUACUGGAGCAGAAACAAAGUUAGCGGAGUCAUACGUCACUUCUGGUACCUCUUUGUUGUCAGAUAUUAUGAAGUCCAGUGGACUUCGUAAUGUACAUGUAUACAACGAAGCCUUCAUAAAAGCUCUUGAAGAAAACACGGAUUUGAAUAUUAAAAAAGAAGUAUCUUCGCCACAUGAUGCUCCGGAGGAUUCACUCAGUAAUGGGAACAGUAUGAGUGGAAUAAAAGAAGAGUCGAAAGAGAAAAGUAGCCGUCCAUCAUCCGCCUCUGAGCAAGACACAUCCAAAGGACAUAAAAACGAAUCGAAUGACGGACCUAUGAUUAAUAACGUAAGCGGAAUGGAGAAUGUAUUUUCGCCUAUUUGGCAAUACCAUGGACAGCAGCCACAUGAAUUUUUCCCAAUCGUUCCUUCAUUAAACAACUUUCGAUACGAGGCCAGAGAUCCCAAUCACAAUGGCUACAAUAGCCCGAAUCAUGAAAGUGCCUUGAAGUCGCUCACCGUACAAGGCGGAAUCUCCAAACCUACGUCGUCCAGCAACUCUACUUUGGAUACAAAUGGCAUACCUACCGCUAGCCCAAGAAGGGACAGGACACGAAACGAUACUUGCGAGUAUUGUGGAAAGAUCUUCAAAAAUUGCAGUAAUCUGACCGUUCAUCGGCGUUCGCAUACUGGCGAAAAGCCCUACAAGUGCGAAUUGUGUAAUUACGCAUGCGCGCAAUCAAGUAAGCUUACUCGUCAUAUGAAGACUCACGGAAGAAUCGGAAAAGAUGUCUACAGGUGCAAGUUUUGUGGCAUGCCUUUCUCUGUUGCGAGCACCCUAGAAAAACACAUGCGAAAAUGUGUUGAAAAAGGCUCAGGGAUGCAGGGUUUGGGCCGUCAGGACAUGGACUCGGAUAAUUCAAACUCCGUUGCCACGUCAGGAAUACAUGAUUCGCCCAAUUCUCUCAUUCUAUCGAAUUCUGUUGCUCAAUAAGAAUUCGUCGGUAUUGGCCUCCAAGUGUGGUAAACAAACAUUGAAAUUGUGCAUCCAAUACUCGCUCUCUUGGUUUUUUUUAUCAUGUUUUAUAUAUAUAUCUAUGUAAGAUUGUUUAAUUUGCAAUAUUAGGAGUGAACAAUAUUGCAUAUGCGACUCGGCUUCGACAAAGGUUUUUACGUACACUAAAUGUGUCCCGGUGAUGAUCAUUUUCAUACAAAGGCCAUAAUAUGGUGUAAGUCAUAAAAUGUUGCCAUAAUUCGUGUACCAUGUGAAGCAGGGUACUCGAUAUCAGAGACAAAUAAUCACUUCACGUGAGGUGAUUAAUGAUAUUUGUGUGGAUUCUACAAUUACGUCUAUCUAAUUGGUAAUUAUUGGUGCUUCAUAAUGAUAAAUUUUACUCUAUGGGAUGCUUUUCUCUUUAUCCUCGUAUGUAUGUAUUCCUUUCCUCUAAUAUUGUUUUGAUCCAGAUAGAAUAUAUUUUUGUUGUAAGAUUCAUAUGCUGAAAAUGGGUUGUGGAUUGCAAUGGUACACAUUUUGUAGAAGUACAUUUUUGAUUGGAAGAAGUCCUCCAUGUGACUUUAAACUGCAUUUAAUUUUCAUUUGAAUGUAUAUUUUUGGAAACAGAAUCCCGGUUUAGUUGUUUACGAAAAUGGCAUGUAACUGUUGAAUGGCGAUUGGUACCAAAUUUAUCGGUACAUUGAUUAUAGUUUCAAAACUUUUUCGAAGUCGGUUUGAAAACACAUUAUUAUGUUUUGAAAUGGCUGCCAUAUUUGACACUGUAACAAAUUAUUGCCAAGGGCUUUCAACUCGGAGAAAGGAAAUACAAACAGUUUGACUAUUGUGAUCACAGUAGGAGAGGAAAACAUCUUAUGAGAGGAUUAAAAUUUUAUAGCUCAUGAUGGUUUGGUCUUCGACAGAAACAGAAACGAGAGUACAGGAGUCUGCAAUGAGGAUGAAAUCGAGGCAGCAAUAAACUAACAUUGCAGCAAAUAUUUGGUGCCCAAGUCCAUCUGACCAAUGUUCGCUAUAUUCUUAGUAUAUAAUACCCAGUGCCUAUUUUGUCCAACAGAAUUGGAUUAUUUAAAUCUAACGUUGAACAUUACAGCCAUUGAAUUCAGUGAUUUCCGUCUGAGGGACAAGGAAUUAAUGAAAAAAAAAUUACUACCGGCAGCUUUGAAAUUUCAAACGUAUGUAGAUUUUUUUUCUAGUACAAGGGCUGCCAGUACUUUGAAGUCAAGAUAUGGUUCAACGUAUUUAAUGUAUAUUGUGCCAUUGCUUUUAGGAAUUAGAUGAAGAUAAUGUUUAGUAUGUUAGAUUUUAGGAGAUUUUUUUCAUAUUUGUGACCCUUUGAAAUUACUUUAAGGUUCAUAUUUUUUCACUUUGAACAAAUAGUUAUUUUGAAUAGCAUUUUCAGCUAUAGAAUACUUGCUUUUGUGUAGCAUAUGAUUAUAAUUACCCAACGUUUUUCUUAGAUAUCAUGUUCGUUAAGAGAGAAUGUAUAUACACGUAUGUACCUAAUUUGGUGUUUGUCGUUUUGGUUACCCAUUCCUUUUGAACUUACAUCCAGUUUAAGGAUGAACAUACUGUGCCAUAGCAAGGUUUUGCAUGUAGAGUAAUACAUUGCCGUGACUUGCAAUAUGUGUUUGUUUGGUUUUUUCGCCAUUUGUUUACAUGUAAUAUCAGGCGCUAUUUCAUAAGAUAUCCUUUUUGUUAGUACUUUGCCAUAUUGUUUUUCAGUUUUAAUUGAUAUUAAAACGUAGAGAACAACUGCACCGUCAGUCUAAAAAGGAAAUACAAAUAGUUAAACAUGUAAAGUUAACAAAAUUGAUAUUUUUUUUAAGUUUCUGAAAUGUUGUUUAAAUUUUUUUAUCAGUUGUAUUUUGGUAUCAUAAUGAAAGCAAAAACAGUCAAUACGAAUAUUCAAUUUUAUAUUUGUUUUUGAAUUGUGAAUGUUGCUUGGUAAAAAAAAAGUGCUGCUUUUUCACCAUUUAUAUUGUUGUCACUUUUCAGAUAAGCUAAGUGUGCCAUAUCAGUUAUCUGUGAAUAUAUUUGAACUCUUUUUAUUAAAAGUAGCUACGGUAUGAGUUUUUCUUUUUAAACUUGUUCUUCUUAAAUCUAGGUGUUAGUUGACGAUAUGUUAUUUUUAUUUGACACAAUAUUUUAUCAAUUAUGAUGUAUCUUUUUAACAUGCGUUUGGAUUAUGUAUUGGCAAGAUUUGGUGCAAAUAAGAAAGUGCUAAUGUAGUUCAUUUUUGUGAACUGUUGAUAGGUUUGUUUUGGUGCAUAUGUUUCUUGUAAACCCGCUGAGGUUUUUGUUAAUCCAUACUUGCUUAAAGUUAAUGCUAAAUUUCAUGAAAUGUAAUGAUGAAAUGAAAUUUUUCGAAAUAUGUUUGGAAUAGUAUAUUAUUUCCUAUCAUUAAUGUGUUCACUUAAAAUGCAAAGAAAAUAAGUCAGAUUGGAUUUAAAUGUACUUAAAAGCAAGAAUUUUGAGCUGUUCUUCUGAACAUCUCGAAAGAUUCUGUCACGUGGUACACUAGCAGACGAUGAUCUCCAAAUUGCGCGCAUCAUUUUUUCGUCAUAUUUAUGCAUAUACAUCCAAAUGUUCUGAAUUCUGUCGUGCCAUACAAUUUUUCGAAUGAGAAUAUUUUUAUUAAUUUAUAUUUAUUGUUGAAAGCCCGUAGGUUACUCCGUGUCUCAGAUAAGAGUUAGUUCGGUUUCAUUUUGUUCUGUCUUUUUAUGUGUUAAUUCUGAGUGUUUAUCAGAUACUGCCAUUCAGUUUCAUGUUUAUGUGGUUGAAAAAUUCAAAAUUUUAAUUCAUUGUCUUUUCUUAGUUCAAGCACCUGAUUAGUUUACAGUGUGUGUGUUUCAAAAUAAGUUACGUUUAAUAUUGCACAUUUUCUUCUUCAUUUGCCCUGUUGAAAGAUUUGAGAGUUAUUUUUUUUUUUUUUUGAUUUUGUGUUUCACCGUUUGAACAAAAAGUGUUGUGGUUAUUUUGUUUACAUUAUAAUCAACGAAGAACUAUGAUGCUAUGAAACCUUCAAUUACUAUUUAGUCUUCAUAUUAUUUACUACCAACGUAUCCAGGGAGCGAUUUGGGGUUUUGCUGGGGUUGUUCCAUGCAGUUGUUUUUGCUAUUAAUGGAUCCUACUACCUCCAACUAAGAAUAAAAUAAAGCACCAUACUGUAUGUGAAGUAAAGUGGUGCUAUCACUGAACGAAAUAGAAAAUAAUUUGGGAAUUUUCUGACAAUUCAGACCAUGGAACGACCCUGGUAGUUUCUAUUAUUUUCUCCUUUUAUGGAAUCUUUAAGGGAGGUCAUCAAAAUUCACUAUUGAGAUUGGUAUGUAGUUGUUUGAUUUUGACCAUUGGACAUCCCUUCAGGAUCCUUUACCCUUCAUUGGACCCAUCGUUUUCUCUGUACAUUUGAUGUACUUUACUCGUCCAAUAAUUAAGCUUGUUGUAUUUAAACUGUGAAUGUUUGUAUGGAAGUACAAAGUACAGUGUAAAAUUUAAUAAACAUUUUAUCUCUUCGGCAA